AUGAACAUCUCACCGAGGAGAUCAGGGCGAGAUAUGCCGGUUGACCCUUGUGAAAGCGCCUUUACAUCGUCGUCAUCGUCGCUGUCAUCCCCAUCACUACCUGCAUUAUCCGCACUAUCUUCGGCUUCAUCAGCUUUAUACGAGUUUCCUCUGUCAUCCCAAUCUUCGAAUCACUCUGGAUCUAGGCUCAGCCCAAACUAUUCCCGCUACAUGCAGCAGCAGCGUGAAUGGAAGGUCAGACAUCCCCAUGAUGUUGCAUCAUCGUCGUCCUCGUCACUGUCGUCGUUGUCGUCAAAUUUUUUCGUCUCAGAUGAGCCUAUUUAUGAAAAAAGCUGGGCCAAAACACCCCAUUCCACGUCAAGCCCGCAACUAGACGAAAUGCAAAAAUCACAGGAUUUACUGAGCUUCUCAGAAGCCGGUCGAGGCUCUUGGAGUGCCGAGGGCUUUGAAGGGCGGCGACUGGGGAAGCAAUGUAGGGAGCGCUGGCAUAACCAUUUGAAUCCGCUAAUCAGAAAAGAGCCAUUUACCAUGCUGGAAGACCUGGCAAUCAUAGCCAUGUACGAUGUCUUUGGAUCUCGCUGGGCAUUGAUGAAGCGAUUUCUUCACGGAAGAACAGAUAAUUCGAUCAAAAACCAUUGGCAUAGUUCAAUGGUCAAGAAGAUGGCCUAUUAUCGAGAAUCCCUUCUUUCCAUCCUCUCUCUGAUAUAUCUACGCCACAAGUCAGAACGGAACAGCCAGGUGUUGAACGCCUUGCUGAAAUCGAACCACCUUAGGAAGCCAAUUAUAGCUGCCAAGCUGCCUCCUGAGUGGGAGCUACUUCCGAUGCAAUUGAGCAGCCAUCUAGCUUUGAUCCAAGACGCGCUUAAUGGGCGGUUGUUUGGCGAUGAUCAGCAACCCAGCUCCACGCACGCAUCGCAUGUCCCUUCUUCGAUGGCUGAUCUUUUGGACGCCGUAGAGGCGGUUGAAAACUAUGCGCCAAAAAACUUUUAA